UCAGACCUAAGCAUUUGUGACAAAUUGUACGAAUAAAUUCGCUACGGAUAAUUAUAAACUGCUAAUUACGUAGUAGAAGUGCUAUAUAACGGCGUCGGCGGCUCCGAUUUACCAUCACCGCCGCCGCCGCCAUGUCGCCACUCGCCUCCUUGCUGUUCACGUUCGCCGCACUGCUCGCCGCCGCCAACGCCCAGAGCAACUGCAAUUCUGUACUAAUUGGCCAAUCAACUCCGGUUAGAAUAGUCUCCAACCCAGUCCCCUUUCAAGCUGGCGGUGGAAGAGUUACUAUUGAUGAUUGGUGUCAACAACAGCGUAAAGGAGUGGCAGUGGGCAACUGGUUGACGGCCUGCAACGCGAACCAGAGCGGUGCAGCGCCCAACAUCAACCAGGUGUACUCAAACAUGCUCUCGCCAGUGGACGUCACGUGCCCCGACCAGUGCCCGCUAGGUGGCGCUGUAUCAGUUGUGCAAUACUGCUUAUAAGAGCC